AUGGCAGCCGUAUUCCAUCCGCAGUCCCACGCUGGCUUGGGACCAUGGAACAAAGACCAGGAUACCGUCUACGCCCUCAACCGUGGCGACCUCACCAAAGAACGUGAGGGACUCGAGUACAAUCACAGGAGCAUCUUCCUCCUCUUUGCGAACCCUCGCGUUGCAGAAAUUGCCACCGGCACCGGCAUCUGGCUGAGAGACAUGGCAAAGUUGCUCCCCUCCAGCCCCGAGCUGCGAGGCAUUGAUAUGGACACCACCAAGUUUCCGCCACCAUCUGACUUGCCUCCAAACAUUUUUCUUCUGUAG